UGGGACACCCCUCCAAAUCAUUGGAUUCAGGUGUUCCAAUCACCCCCAUGGCCACAGGUGUAUAAAAUCAAGCACCUAGGCAUGCAGACUGCUUCUAAAAACAUUUGUGAAAGAAUGGGUCGCUCUCAGGAGCUCAGUGAAUUCAAGUGUGGUACCAUGAUAGGUUGCCACCCGUGCAAUAAGUCCAUCCAUGAAAUUUCCUUGCUACUAAAUAUUUCACAGUCAACUGUUGGUGGUAUUAUAACAAAGUGGAAGCAACUGGGAACAACAGCAACUCAGCAAUGAAAUGGGAGGCCACAUAAAAUGACAGAGCGGGGUCAGCACAUGCUGAAGCGCACAGUGUGCAGAAGUCACCAAAUGUCUGCAGAGUCCAUAG